AUGCAUCCUACAACAAAUACACACAAUGGAAAUGCCUACAUCAUGUUGGACCCAACAGCAGAUGGGAACACACUCCGUGCCAUGGGCAGUGUCAUAUGCGGCGAUCGGAUUAACGUUAAAGAGAUCUGUUUCGUUGCAGUUGCAGAAAAAAAGCUCAGUAGAGAACGUUUACAGGAGGUUACUACCGACCAGAACUCACUCGCGGAGAGAAAAAGAAGAAAAGAAGAAAGAGCAAGGCGGAAACUCGUUUUAAAAACUCAUCGGGAUAUCGCUAGAUCUCAGAAGGCUGUUGACCUAUAUGUGGAUGGUGUGGGGUCUAAAAUGACUAAGAAACGCUUGAGUACCCACUUUGCGUCUUUUGGGGAAGUGCUCGACGUGCAUAUGGAAAUGGAUUACUGGAACAAAAAACCAGGUGGGCAUGCCUAUAUUGCAAUGCAGCCGACAAUUGAUCCGAAGCAAAUUCGUUGGAUGGAGCACAUUGUAAAUGGAGUUACAAUUCGUGUGAGGAAGUGUACUUCCUUCCGAGAGGUAGGAAAAAAACUAGGCAGGACCGAAGGCGACCUCGAUCCGGAGCCGCUACUUCCGAAGCCUAUCCUCGGCACUAGAAAACAGAAGGCUCCCAAACCAGCCAAACUCGCCCAUCAACCACCGCAGCAACGCAAAAGAGAACGAAAAGGACAAAUAAAUCGAGAGAAAAAGAAACAGGAAAAAAUUCAACGGCAACUGCAGCGACUGAAACAAGCACAAAAGCAGAAUCAGAAACGCAAACAACGGCAGCAACACGGUUUGCAAGAACAUCGGAGUGUCGGUAGGCCACAGAAGUCUCUUCGACUAUUUGUGAGUGGUACGAAAGAAGCAAUCAUACCCGACAUCGUAAAGGCCUACUUUUCACGCUUCGGAGAGGUGCUCGAUAUGAAUUUUCCCAUCAAUUGCUCGAGAGAAAAACACCGUGGAAGUUGCUACAUUAAACUACAACCCACUUCAAAUGCGGCCAACAUUUUCGAUAGGGAGCACUUCUUAUGUCGUUCUCGUAUUACUGCUGUGGAGUGUUACUCACCCGAAAAUGCAGAAAUUGAAGCGGUGGGGUAUGUUUCGGGGAGAUUUUAUUGCUUUUGUUUGAUACCGCUAAUGCCAUCGGUUUAUUUGCCUUCGUAG